UAAUUCUACAGAUGAAGUUAUAAAUGGCAGAACCUACCCUUUUGAUAUAGCUCAAAACACCUCAGCUUUUCAAGCAUACUCAUAUCGCAUACCGGAUAGCCCCAAACAUGACCAAAGAUCUGACCUUUGACGUUCGUUACGAUAACGAGCUCGCACAUGAAUACUAUGGCGAAGGCAAGAAGCUAGCUGAUAAAAAUAUAUACCAGAACCAAAAUUUAGAAAUCCUGGACAAGUUUGAAUCUACGCUGACUACUCCGCCAGUUCACUUUAUGAAUGUUUUGGCUCCUGAUGAUGUGGAUAUGGAUGAACUCAAGAAUGUCAACAUCCCGCCAGGACUGAACAUUGAGAUUCUAGACUUUAGCAUGUAA